GCCCGGCUCGCACGUGCCCGCGGUGUCACGCAGAGGGUCGCGCGCACGUAGAGGCUCCAGAGCUGAGUGUGUGUCUGCGGUGUAGAGUAACAGGAAGAGCCCGGGAGGAGGAGCCGCGCUGUGUGCCUCCUGUGUGUCUCCUGUGUGUCUCCUGUGCACCUCCUGUGUGUCUCCUGUGUGUCUCCUGUGUGCCUCCUGUGCACCUCCUGUGCACCUCCUCUGCGCCUCCUGUGCGUGCUCCUUUUUAGACUCUUCAGUUUAACUUCAGCGUAAUGUUCCGGUGUCUUGUUUCCCGGGUCCCGGGCUCUGGGUCGGUCGUGUCCCACGGGCUCGUGUCCCACGGGCUCGUGUCCCGGGGGCUCGGGGGGCUCCUGUCCCCCGGAUGCUCCUCCUCGGUCCUGUCCCGGGGCUACAGUCACACCGCGGACCCGGACGACGACCCCAACUUCUUCAACAUGGUGGAGGGUUUCUUUGACCGAGGCGCCGCUAUAGUCGAAGACAAACUCCUGGAGGAUCUGAAAACACGAGAGAGUCCGGAACUGAAGAAGAAGAGAGUCCGCGGGAUUUUAAAGAUCAUUAAACCCUGUAACCACGUCCUGAGCCUCAGCUUUCCCCUGAAGAGAGACAACGGAGAGUGGGAGGUGAUAGAAGCAUACAGAGCCCAGCACAGCCAGCACCGGACCCCCUGCAAAGGAGGUAUCCGCUACAGCACCGACGUCUCUGUGGACGAAGUGAAGGCUCUGGCGUCUUUAAUGACCUACAAAUGUGCAGUGGUCGAUGUGCCGUUUGGUGGGGCCAAAGCUGGAGUCAAGAUUAACCCAAAGAAUUAUUCUGACGUUGAACUGGAGAAAAUCACAAGGAGACUCACCAUUGAACUGGCAAAAAAGGGGUUUAUUGGACCUGGGAUCGACGUCCCUGCCCCCGACAUGAGCACCGGGGAGCGUGAGAUGUCCUGGAUCGCCGAUACCUUUGCCACGACCAUGGGCCACAAUGACAUCAACGCUCACGCCUGUGUCACAGGGAAGCCCAUCAGUCAGGGGGGCAUCCACGGGCGCAUCUCCGCCACCGGCCGAGGAGUUUUCCACGGUAUCGAGAACUUCAUCAAUGAAGCAUCAUAUAUGAGUCAGCUGGGCAUCAGUCCGGGCUUCCAGGACAAGACCUUUAUCAUCCAGGGAUUUGGAAAUGUCGGCCUCCACUCCAUGAGGUAUCUCCACCGCUUUGGGGCCAAGUGUGUGGGAGUGGGAGAACUUGACGGAAGUAUCUGGAAUCCAAACGGGAUCGACCCUAAAGAGCUGGAGGACUACAAACUGGCCAAUGGUACUAUUGUGGGUUUUCCAAACUCCACUCCGUAUGAGGGGAGCAUCCUGGAGGCAGACUGUGACAUUCUGAUUCCAGCCGCAGGAGAAAAGCAACUGACCAAAAGCAACGCUCGUAAGAUCAAAGCCAAGAUCAUCGCAGAAGGAGCCAAUGGACCCACCACUCCUGAGGCUGAUCGCAUUUUCAUGGAGAGGAACGUCCUGGUCAUCCCUGACAUGUACCUGAACGCCGGUGGAGUCACGGUCUCGUACUUUGAGUGGCUGAAGAACCUGAAUCAUGUCAGUUAUGGUCGUCUCACCUUUAAAUAUGAAAGGGACUCAAACUACCACCUGCUGAUGUCCGUCCAGGAGAGCUUGGAGAGGAAGUUUGGGAAACACGGAGGAGCGAUCCCUGUGGUCCCCACAUCAGAAUUCCAGGCUCGGAUCGCUGGAGCAUCUGAGAAGGACAUCGUUCAUUCAGGACUGGCCUUCACCAUGGAGCGGUCUGCACGGCAAAUCAUGCGCACGGCCAACAGACACAACCUGGGCCUGGACCUGAGGACGGCCGCCUACGUCAACGCCAUCGAGAAAGUGUUCAAGGUUUACAACGAGGCCGGGCUGACGUUCACAUAAACAUUUGACUUUGACCCUCACAUAGACCUCUGACCUCUCUGACCCUCACAUAGACCUCUGACCCUCACAUAGACCUCUGACCCUCACAUAGACGUCUGACCCCUCUGACCCUCACAUAGACCUCUGACCUCUCUGACCCUAAUAUAGACCUCUGACCCUCACAUAGACGUCUGACCUCUCUGACCCUCACAUAGACGUCUGACCCCUCUGACCCUCACAUAGACGUCUGACCCCUCUGACCCUCACAUAGACCUCUGACCCUCACAUAGACGUCUGACCCCUCUGACCCUCACAUAGACCUCUGACCUCUCUGACCCUAAUAUAGACCUCUGACCCUCACAUAGACGUCUGACCCCUCUGACCCUCACA